GAUGCCCACCGCCGUUAAAGAAGAAGAAGAAGCAGACGAAGAAUACCAAAGAGAAGCAGACGGUCCGUCAACAAAUACAUGUAUCUGUCAGACACAGCAGAGGAGGUUUUCGCCAUUUAAAAGCUCACAGGGUCUAUACACGUACAAACACGAUGUCUGACCAUCAUUAAACGUGUGCAGGUAAAACACUGAAAUCCAGACAGUUUCACUGAUCCACCCAGAAGUCUCUUCAUCACCACCUUGGCACUUAACAUAUGUUUUUACAUGAAGAGGGGCGAGAAACCCGAGGGAUACAGACAAAUGCGACCCAAGACAUUCCCUGCGAGCAACUACAGUGGCAAUAGUCAACAAAUGCUGCAGGAGAUCCGAGAGAGCUUGCGGAACCUCUCCCGGCCGCCGGAUGCUCCCAAAACCGAUGCGAGCAUCGGGAAGGGACCGCCGGACGAUCCCAGACAACAAGGGCGCAGCAACAACCCCAGGAACCCCCACCAUCACAGAGCACUGCAGGAGAUCCGCAGGUCACUCAUGCCGUUUGCCAAUGAAACUACCUCCAGCGGACACGCUGCAGAUAUCAACCGACACAUGCUGCAACAGCUGCAGGACGCCGGCUUUGAUGAGGAGAUGGUGGUUCGUGCUCUGAAGCAGACCAACAGUCAUAGUGUGGAGGCAGCCAUAGAAUACAUCAGUAGGAUGAACUUCCAGGAGCCUGCGAGGGAGCAGAUAACAGCACGGCCUGUCAACACGGUCAUUAAACAAGCAGGUCCAUCCCAAAUUCCACCGACAGUUUUGCGGCGCCAAAGCUGGAAGGGUUCAAAGGAGUCUUUGGCCCCACAGCGGCACAGUGCUCUAAUGACAGACGGCAUGAUUUACCGUCCCAAUAGCCCUGGACCUCAAAGUGACCUCUCACGGCCUGCUACCUUUCCUCAAAAUCUUGCCGCUGCAGCCAGCGGUCAACGAGUAAAUCCUCCCCUCCCACGGCAGGUGCGUAGCAUCACUCCUCCUCCCUCUUCAUGGGACUCCAAUCCCUCAACCAAGCGGUAUUCUGCGAACUUGGAUUACCUGGUGCCUCGACUCUCUCCUGUCCCUCAGGGUCCUCGACCCGACGGCUAUAUAAACCCUCCGUCCCAGGCGCAGCGAGGGAUCAGUCCCGUGCCUGUGGGUCGGCAACCCAUCAUCAUGCAAAACUCCGGGGCAACAAGUUCACCUUCCCUCCAUCCUGCCCAGAAUGGCGGCAGCAUACAAAGCGAGUACGUGGGCAUUAAUAGCAGUGGCCGCCAACCACCACCACCUCCGUAUCCCAUGCACCAGACCAACAGACAGAGUCCCACAGCCCAGCAGAUGCAAUCCAGCGCUCUUGCUUCGCCCUCAAACGGAGCCAACCUUCCCCCAAGCAUGCUGGUGCCCAACCGCAAUAGCCACAACCUUGAUAUGUACAACCUUGGGGUACUACCCCAGGUCAGACCUCCUGUGCAGCAGCCUCAGACUUCCCCCGGUCACAGCGCCAAUCAGGACGUUCCUUCGACAUGGCCCCACAGCGUUCCAGGGCGAUCCAACUCCUUCACCAAUGCCCAGCCCAGUGGACGUCAGUGCCCGCCUGUGCCCAGCUCUCAACCCUCCGGCACGACCGUCACCACCAUUACACAGGCCCCCAUUUUGCAGCCAGUAAAGAGUAUGCGAGUGCAGAAACCAGAGCUGCACACGGCCGUGGCCCCCACACACCCUCCAUGGAUGCAGCAGCCUCCGCCCUCUGCUUAUCAAGAUCCGUCUGCUUCCACAGCUGCCCCCGAAGUCCCGAGCUACCAAGGCCCACCUCCUCCUUACCCUAAGCACCUGCUUCAGCAGCAGCCUCCACCGGGCUACGACCCCAACCCCGGCCCCAAACCCAGCAACAGAGAGGAGGACGUGGUGGACAACGACAAUGACACUGACAGCACCUGCUCCAGCGAGCGCGCUGAGGGCCCCGAGGAGCGCGAGAAGAAACAGAUCACCACAUCUCCUGUGCCGGUGCGGCGUUACAAGCGCGACGAGGAACGCAAGGGGGAAAGCAGAGUUCCCAUGUACUCCCCGCAGGCUUUCAAGUUCUUCAUGGAGCAGCACGUGGAGAACAUCCUAAAGAACCAUCAGCAGAGGAUCCGAAGGAAGAAGCAGUUGGAGAGUGAGAUGCAGCGGGUGGGACUUUCAAAUGACGCUCAGGAGCAGAUGCGCAUGAUGCUGUGCCAGAAAGAAUCCAACUACAUCCGUCUCAAGCGCGCCAAAAUGGACAAAUGCAUGUUCGAGAAGAUCAAGACUUUGGGAAUCGGGGCGUUUGGAGAAGUGUGCUUGGCUCGGAAAGUGGACACGGGAGCGCUGUAUGCCAUGAAGACCCUCCGUAAAAAAGACGUCCUGCUGCGGAACCAGGUGGCCCACGUGAAAGCUGAGCGGGAUAUUCUCGCUGAAGCCGACAACGAGUGGGUCGUCCGCUUGUACUACUCGUUUCAGGAUAAAGACAGCUUGUAUUUUGUGAUGGACUACAUCCCUGGCGGGGACAUGAUGAGUCUUUUGAUCAGAAUGGGCAUUUUCCAAGAGGACUUGGCUCAGUUUUACAUCGCGGAGCUCACCUGUGCUGUGGAAAGCGUCCACAAAAUGGGUUUCAUCCAUCGAGACAUCAAACCUGACAACAUCCUGAUCGAUCGUGAUGGACACAUUAAACUGACAGACUUUGGCCUGUGCACUGGCUUCCGAUGGACUCACGACUCCAAAUACUACCAAAGCGGGGAUCAUGUGCGUCAGGACAGUAUGGACUUCAGUAAGGAGUGGGAAGACAGUGCUAACUGUCGCUGUGGAGACCGAUUGAAACCACUGGAGCGCAGAGCCGCUAGACAACAUCAGCGCUGCUUGGCGCACUCAUUGGUGGGGACUCCCAAUUACAUCGCUCCGGAGGUCCUGCUGCGCACAGGUUACACCCAGCUCUGUGAUUGGUGGAGUGUGGGUGUUAUCCUCUAUGAGAUGGUAGUCGGGCAGCCUCCUUUUCUGGCAACAACCCCUCUUGAGACUCAGAUGAAGGUGAUAAACUGGCAGACGGCUCUACACAUCCCCCUGCAGGCCAAGCUGAGUCCGGAGGCCACCGACCUGAUCCUGAAGCUCUGCCGCGGCCCGGAAGACCGGCUUGGGAAAAACGGAGCCGACGAGAUUAAAGCCCAUCCCUUCUUCAAAAGCAUCGACUUCUCCACAGACCUGCGGCAGCAACACCAUGCGCCCUACAUCCCCAAAAUCACACACUGCACGGACACCUCCAACUUCGACCCCGUCGACCCCGACAAACUGUGGAGCGACGACGCCGACGGCAACCACAACGACACGCUCAACCGCUGGUUCAAGAACGGCAAGCACCCGGAGCACGCCUUCUACGAGUUCACCUUCCGGCGCUUCUUCGACGAUAACGGACACCCGUACAGCUGCCCCAAACCCAUCGAGUGCGAGGAUUACGACGGCGAGGACGACGAGCCGCUCAACCCGUCCAAGGGCUUGGGGCCAGAACAGGGGCGGGAUUUGGUCUACGUUUAGUGCGGAGGAAAUCGAAAGAAACCAACCAGAAAUUGUGUUUUGCACGAGAGCGUUUAAAAUUAAUUAUUCAUAUCAGCAUGUCAUGACAAGUUCAUUUCCAGCCUUUCUUUCUCAUUAAUGUAAUGCAAACAAAUAUAUUUAAAAAUAAUAAUUGACCGUUAAAAAAAAAAAAAAAAAAAAAAAAGCGAAAAAAUAAUACAUGACUUUGCAUUGUAGUCAUUUUUAAUGUAACUAAAAUAAUUGCAUCAAAGCAAAUUAAAAAAAAAUUAAUGACAGUAAAAAAUGUAGAAGUAAAACAUUUGAACGUAACGGGAAAAUAGUUCUUGGGAGCAAUUUUAAAUGCUUUUUAUUGUGCAAAAUAUCAUUUUUGCUUUGAUUUGAUUUUCCCGAGACGCGAGCGUGUUUUUUAUGUGUCUGUUUGUGUGUGUUUUCUCUCGAGUCUUUGGUGGAGUCUGCCUUGACACUUUGUGCUGUAUUUAUUAUUUUUCGUUCAGGAUGCACUUCUCCGGUGCCUUUUUAAACGACGAGAACCUAAUGAUGCAGUGGAGCUCUGUAUUUUUACUCCUCUUUAAUUUAUUUAAAGACUUCUUUUUUUUAAUGGUAGCUGAAACGAGUUGAGCAUUUUCUUCCUGAAAUGAUGUCUUUAUUUAUGAUCGUGUGGAUUUGUUUCUCGUUCUGAGCGGCACAGGGACUUUACGCCUGCUUUCACCAAAACUAUGAGGGAGAUCGUUGUGAACGCUGGUAAAUUUAGCCAACCAUUCAUUCAUUAUACAAGUUCCCAAGAAAAACAAAAAAAAGCGUUGUAAAUUGUUGCUGUGUAUUUUUUUUAUUUAUACACACAGAAAUUGUAUAUAUAAGUUAUGCAGUGUAAAUUAGCAUAGUGCUUUUUUUUCCCCCUUUUCUUAGGUUUAGGAAAGGGCUACAUCCUGUUCUGUUCCACAGGAUAUGAUGUCAGAACACUACAAUACAUAACACUAUAUAGAUCCUGAGCAAAACACUUUCUCUCCUUGUUACGAAGAGAUUUUGCUGUCACUACCAAAGCCUUCCAUUUUUCUGCAAGAACGGUGUCCUGGCAUCGUUUUUUUUUUUAGUAUUUUGUUUUUCUGAAAGCUCUGUAAUAUCCUGCGCGUCUCAUAAUGUAAUAAGGAAAUCCUUUUCUUGAUUAAGCUGGUGGUCUUAUUCCCAGGAAAAGCAUCUGUAGCUACUUUGAGUGUAAAUUUGCCUUGAAUGGGAGAAAGGAUGGGGUGGUAAUAAAUAAAAGGUCUUAAGCACAAACCACA